AAAAAAUCAUUUAUAACCUGCGUAAGGUUAAUUAAGUGAUUUUUAACUGCAUUUUCCUCUAAUUCCUGUGAUACGACGAAGAAGAAGAAGUUGUGUAACCAUCAGGAAGAAAAAUCGAAUCUCUGACAAACAAUAAUUAUUCUAGGUAUUAAUAAACAUCUUAAAUUAAAAACAAAAAUUGUGUCUAUUCGAAAAUAUUGUUAUCCUCACCCUAUAUUGGAGAAAAAUAUAAAUCUAAAUAUAAAUUCCGACGUACACCGAAGUGAUUCGACGAAUGCAUGGAUGUUUCAAAUAAUUCAUUCAGUUCGAAAAUAAACACAAAAGAACAAACAUAACUUAAAAGUGUUUAAACAUUUGCCUUUUUGCCGUGCAGGAAAAUCAUUCCAUUCAGUUGUCUUACGUGCGCCGCAGAAGAUUGUUUCGUACCGCUUGUAAAAAACGCACAAUUAAUACGUUUAUAUAGACUUUAUUUUUAUAAAUCAAUUUAACUUGCGGUUCAAAAUGGCGGACAUUCCGGAAUCCGUAAAAAAAUGUGCUGCCCUGUUGAAAGGCUCGAAAACCGAUACAGAAAAGUUUGCUGCAUUAUUCAUGGUGACAAAAUUGGUGAAGGGCAAGGAUUGUAAUCCACCUGCCAAAAAACUCUUAUUCGAGGCAAUCGGAUUCGGUUUUCUCAAAAAGUUAUUGAAUUCGAAAGACUUGCCAAAUGACUGUCCUCCCUUGGUCUAUAAAAGUGUAGCUCUUUCCAUCCUGACAUGUUUCUGUCAAGAGGAAGAAUUAGCAACGCAUAAAGAUAUGAUCGACGCUAUACCCACUUUAUUGGAAAUAGUUGAGACUGCCGACGAUGACGACUAUGAUGAUAAUUUGAUUGUGGUCAGUGAAGCAUACAGCUGUCUAAAAAGCAUCGCCUCAUAUGAAUCAGGGCAAAAUGCUUUGCUUUCAAUAGGAGCGAUUCCUAAGAUGUCGCAAAUCUACUCGCAACAAAGUUUCCAGACGGACGAAGCCUUGCAUUUGAUAGUUAUGCUAACAAGUAAGUUUGGGCCGGCGUCGUGGACCGAUGACCCGAAACCCUUCCACGCCUUGAUUCAAAGGAUCGCCUUGGACAUGGAAACCGAUCAUAGUGACAGGAAAUUUGAGCUAUGCAAGAUCCUUUCAUCAAUUCUGACGACUUGUCGCCGUGAGAUUAUUGUGAACACGUUGGUUGGAGAAAUCUGGCCAGAGAGCGUAUUCAAGGGUUGUAGUGACAUUUUGAAAAGCAAAAUAGGACCAAAACAAAGAGAUCCAACCCUUCAUCUCAUAGCAACAACAUUACAAGUCCUUGGAAUACAAUGGGCAUUCAUGGAUGACUCGAAGCAAUUCUUCUUAUUGCUGCUGCAAUUGGCUGCUAUUGAGGUCCGUAUGCAAAUGGAUGAGAAAAAACUGGAGACUACGUUUAAAAAUGCCGAACUCAUCACUUGCUGCUUUAUAAUUCUGGAACUCUGCAUCGAGCAUAUGGCUGGCGACGAAAUCGACUUGGAGCCAAAGGAAAAGCAGACAACUUACACCGCUUUAAAGGGUGCUUUCAAUCAGGUCCUUGCUGUACUUACGCGGGUAUCCAAUGAUAAAAUCAAGGACACCAUGAACGAACGUGACAAGGCAUUCAUCUGCGCAAUUGUGCGUAUCCUAUCAGCAUGGUUAGCGCAGGAAACAACGGCUAUGCGUCCUGCAAUUUAUAAAAUUCUGCCUUUCAUGUUUAAAUUGGCUAACCAAACUUUCUACGAUCUCAGAUCACAUCGCAAGGAUAACCAAGAGGGGGAGCCGCCUGUGGAUAUACUUCGUGUUAUGUUACCUGCGCUUUGCCACUUAGCUGUUGAAGACGAAGCUAGAAAAAUCAUGUUCACAACGAAACAAGAUGCAGUUUUCCUCGAGGCAAUUGAGUUCUACUACUCAAUAUCUCACUACAAAAAACCACCAAUUCCGAGAGCAGAACGUCUAAAGCGCAUGAACGAACCGGACCCAGUGCCAACGCCCAAGCAAGUGGAAGAAAUGAAAGAUGCUCGAACAGCUGUUGUUAGUUUGUGCAACAUUUUGAUGAAUCUUACUGUACUGGAACCAAAAAUCGUCGAAGAGAGCCCUGUGUUCGCAAACUUGCUGAAAUUUGUUUACGAUAACUUGCCCGAGCUGAAGGAUAUCCCCGACAACCUUGUGAUGCACGGCCAUUUGGCUGUCCUUGGACUUCUACUGCUAAAACAACAGUCGAGCAAGGUUAAGCAAAACGAUUUUUCCAUCUGCCGCUACAUCCAGGCAACAAUACGCUUCCUUUGGGAUGCAUACAACAUUGAUGAAUCCAAUGACCCCACCGCUCUAGUAGUUUCUAUUGCGUAUAAAGAGCAUUGGAUGGAAAUUUCCGAAUUAUGGUUCCUGGGCAUGCAAACGAUGUGCGGUGUGCUGCCUCUUAUUCCUUGGAUAUCUGAGUUUGCAGUCGAGAGUGGUUGGGCAGAAGGCAUUGUCCAAACGUUGAAAAAGGUCAAAAUCGGUACUUUACAACCCAAUGUCAAGUCAGCGUACGAAGACUUCCUGAGCCAAUUGGUCGAAGCAAAUCCCAGUGUGGUAGCUGUUCUUAAAAAGGCUGAUGCACUUCGUGUUUGCCGCAACCACAGAAUGAUGGACUUGGGCAAAAAACUCUUUGGCGACUAAAAACUACACUAAACUGUAACACAUAUUAUUUCUUUCAUUUAACGAACAUUGAGAUUGAGUAACAAAAAUAAAAUAGAUUUUUUAAAUAUACCAAACAUAAAAAUAAAAUAUUAACAUUAAAUUUCUA